CUCUCUGCAGGCCGCACUGGGAAUGGAAACAUCUGUACCACGUGCAGGCAACCUCGCGUCGGCCUCUCGGCGCUCCACCUCCCAUCGCUCUGAGCCCCAGCGCUCGUCCUCGCGAGAUGAACUGGACGACAUGGCCGCCUCGAACCAAGGCAAAUUUGAUGGGAAUUUUGAUUCCCUUGACCUCGCCGAAUUUGCCAAGAAGCAACCAUGGUGGCGGAAGCUGUUUGGGCAAGAUUCAGGGCCCUCUGCUGAGAAGUACAGUGUGGCUACCCAGCUACUGAUAGGUGGAGUCACUGGCUGGUGUACAGGAUUCAUCUUCCAAAAAGUCGGAAAACUAGCAGCAACAGCAGUCGGUGGUGGAUUUUUCCUUCUCCAGAUUGCAAACCACACUGGUUACAUCAAGAUAGACUGGCAGCGAGUUGAGAAAGACAUGAAAAAAGCCAAAGAGCAGCUGAAAAUCCGGAGGAGCAACCAGCUCCCUACAGAGGUGAAGAGCAAAGCUGAAGAGGUUGUGUCAUUUGUGAAGAAGAACGUUCUUGUGACCGGAGGCUUUUUUGGCGGCUUUCUUCUUGGCAUGGCAUCUUAAGGAAAGAAGAUGGUGAUCACUGCACUUGGCAUUUACUUGCCAAUGCCCUCCCGCCAGCUCUACUGGGCCUUUCUUCUCAUAAUUAGAACCUGCAAUGUGGGAGCAGCAUAACCUCUGUGGCCAUAGUCCCAGCUCUAGGAUGAUGGAAGAAAGUAGAUGAUCUCGCCUUGUUUGUCUCCUCCCUAGCUCUGAGCUCUUUGAGGGCCUGCUUUAGAAUGAAUUAGUUCUUUUCUAGGCUAUAAAAUCAAGUUUUCUUUCCCUUCCUGUAAGCCAACUGAUUGGGGAAAGAUGCAUCCUCGAACUCUCUAGCUGGCCUCAAAGCUGUCAGGGACUCUCCCUGCUGGUCCCUUUCCGCUGUCAAUGUGUUCUGCCUUGUGGAAAUGAAUACACAUAUCCAUGAUAAUAAAAAGCGCUGGCAGA